CGUCAAUUAAAGUUUUGAUAAAUCCAAAGUGCCAUCAAGUCGCUUCUUUAAUUAAUUUGUCAUUGUUUUACUGAAUUUAAGCUGAUUAAGUUGAAUAUGAAGUGGUAAAAUGUCUCAUGUAUGAAAUCGACCCAAAUAUUGAAUGAUAUUUACGGAAAAAUGUUAUUUAAUUGUAAUUAAUAAUAUAUUUAUAGAAUAUGACGAGUUAGAAAAGAACAUAACUAAAAUUGAAAGUGAAAUUCCUUGUUUAUAUGAGAAACUAAAAUCACUUUCUGAAUCGUUAGCUGAAAUUACAAACGAAUACAUUAGAAAUUCAGCUGAUCCUUUGAGAAGCAAUGAACUACAUCAGAAGUUCCGUAAUUCUUCUAUGGUUUAUGCUGAAAUUACAUAAUGAACGGUGUAACAAUAACGUAGCGUUAUUAGAUUUCGGAAUGAGCAAAAUAUUGGAUCAAUAACUUUUAUUCACGUUUAUCAAGAAAGACCUAUUCAAAAAGUCAUAACUGGACUGUUAAUAAGAUAUUCUAGCUGUUUGCUAUCAUUUCAUGAAAACUUAAAUAAUUCGAUGUUAAUCAAUUAUGCCUACAUAUGUCAAUCUCUUUAUUUAUAUGAAUGCUUAACGAAUUUCACAUGUCACUUUAUGACUAACUAAAAGGGCUCAUCAAGUAUGUAUAUUACGUUUACAGUGUUUUGUUAUUAUAAUGUUUGAUUAUUAUUUUUU